CUUGUAUCUAACAUAAAUAUUUUGUUUUCGUUUUCUAGGUUCUUACACAUUCUUAUAUUUUCUCAAUUUUGUCCGUGACUUUAUGGGAAUGUCGAACAAGACUGUUUCUACAUUUAUUUUUUUCCUUGGAUUGGCUGUUUGGCAUGGAAUUCAGAAUACAGAAGAGAGACAUUUGAAGACUACUUCGUUAGAGAUUGAGCCAACUUAUAAGAAACCUGAGGCUGAGAAUCCAAACAUAGUUGUCACAUAUACACGACGCAGUGUUCUUCACAAGGCGGCCAUCACCCACCCCACAGACUUUAGGCCUACGAAUCCCGGCAACAGCCCAGGUGUUGGACACUCUCACGGACGGCAUUGA